AUGGUGUCGAAGCGAGGAUCUUCUCAGCGCCGCAGAUCCCAGACAACGACCGCAAUCACUUCUCAUGCACCCCGCCGCACCAUCGACGAUGCUUACCGUGCCGCGACUAAAAGAGCUCAUCGGCCUCGAGCCAGCAGCCCAUCAUCGUUCUCCGAUGAUUCAUCCUCAUCCAAUUGGGACUUCGAUAUCUGGAGGCAGGCCAAGAGACGCCGUCGGGAUUCUCUGCCUUCAGCUCGGAACGGAUCUCAUAUGGACAUCGACCAAUUUACGACCAUGCCAUCGACCAGCUCGGGCGCGACAGCGCGGCGGACUACAUUACCGUCGACGUCCAUAGCGUUUCAGCUAUUUCCAAUGGCUGGACGUCGAUCAACUAAGACACGACGCUCUAGUUGUCAAAGCGAUUCCGGGGAUAUCGCUCUCAAUGACCGUGAUGCUGACAUCAGAGGUCUGCGUACCAACGCGUUUUGGGAGCUACAUCGCAGCGUCGCCGAGAGUGGUGAGGGAUUCGUUCGGCGAAUGCAGGAUUUGGAGAAUUCUCUGAGCCGGCCAGAUAUGAGGGAAUCAACGUUAAUUGGGAAGAGGCGGUCGUCCAUAAUUCCAUCGCCGCCUUGUUCGGUACGAAUGGACCAGAUGAGCGACUGCUCCGACGAUGGCGAAGAUGACGUGCAGAUACUAGAUGGUGAAAUGGGUGUGAACCAGUGGUCACAACUUUCCAGCUCGUUUCGGGAUUCCUCACAAGUUCCUCUUGCAUAUCGCACAGACGACGAAGAAGCCACAUCGUCUUCCAUUUCGGUUCAUUCAUCCCCUUCAACGACAUCCAUACCAUUCCCCUCGUCAGAUUCCUCUGGUUCGCUGCCGUACUCUGCCGAUCCGUCCGCGCUAGAAUAUCCCUCUUCGCGCAGUGAUAAAGCUCUCGCCGCUCUCACCCUCGCCCUAGCGAACGGCGCCGCCGGACUAACCGACUUCGCCGCUCUCCAAGCCCUUCAUGUACCUCUCGCUAUGGACGAAUGUCAAGUUGGCGACAUGUGGGAUUAG